CAGAAGGGAGGAACUCGUCUGGGUUUUGUGAGGUCAUGAUUGCACCCACUUGUGGAAGUGAAAGAUGGCAGGACGAGAAUCUCGGAGAAGUGUUUGUGUGAAGAUGUGCCCUCAGCAGAGAGCUCGUCAUGAAGCCUACAGCGAGCUGUCUAAAGAAGCUCAGAGCUGGAUGGCAGUGGCGAGGCAGCGAGUAUGCACACACCUGAAUAAUCAAAAAUCCCGCCAAGUCUGCAAACUCACUGCUGCUGCUGAGCGUCAAAAUCAACUCACAGCACAAUUAAAAGCCGCUGAGGCGAGGAAUCGUGUUAGACAGCUGAGACAACACUAUCAAAACCUGAAGGAGCAGGAAAUUAACUUAAUGAUUUCAUGCCAGUCUGACGCGCAGAGGGCUGUGUGCCUGGAGCAGCUACUCCCCGUGAAAGAGAGGAAGAUAAACCACACAGACUGCAUGGACCAAUUACAGAGACGAAGAGUUGAGGAGAUCCUAGAGGAUGAGAAGGGCCUGUCCAUCAGUCGUAGAUGACUGAAGACGAAAAGGAAUAUAUUUUCUGAAUGAUCUGAGACUGAAAAUGCAGAGUAUAUUGUGGCCUUACAUGCCAUAUCUUUAUGUGUAUUUUUGCAUUGUACUUUCUUAGUUAAAAUUUCAAGAUAUAUUACCUUACCACAGACCAGUGAAGCAAUUAUGUUUAGGGAU